GGAAUUUUAUUUCCAUAAAUCAAUUUGUGACUGAAGUGAAGUUCAUAGAGCAGAAGAAUUUUUUUACUCGCCACUAAGUUAAAGUUGUUUUCGUUGUUGGCCAGAGAAGUGAAAAUAAAUUGAUUUUCAUAAAAACUUUGUGAGCUUUAAUUUAUGGCCAAUGCAACGAGAUGAAGUGCAUUGUGCCAGUGAGAAACGAGAAUAUGUUGAAUGUGGAAUGAAAUAUUUUCUCGACUUGUGAUUUAAAAUCGAAACUGAACGGAAUAAAGUUGAAAAUUCCCGACAAAUCCCUCAAGGGACGAGUGGGAAAUCUACAGUUUAUGAUAGUUUAAUUAAAAAGUUUAAAGGCAGAUCGAAGAUAAAAAUAAAAAAAGAAAUCGAAAUUGAAAAGCCAACAGUUUUUAUUGCUACAAAAUAUUUCAAAUCUGUUGUUGUGGUGCAAAUGAGAGCGAAAAGAUUUUCACUCAACUUUCAUUGAGCUUCAUUUGCCAAGUUAAGUUUCUUUUCGCUUUCAUCUUUAUGAUCAACUUUAAAACAAAAGCCGGCGAAUUAUACUCUGAAUCGGAUAGUUGGUGUAAUUUGAAGCAGUAAAUUGGAUUAAGAAACAAAAUAUCUUCUUCAAAUGGGAAAUGAAAUCGCUUCUUCAUCUUCUUCUCAUGCAUCGAUUAACAUCGUCAUCCGUUCAUGAAACAUGUCACAGCUCCAAAAGUCGGCAUCAUUUCGAUCACGAAUACCUGUCAGAGCUCGAAUCCCUCAGAGACGAUGUUCAAGUCCCCAGCCGAUCUCAUCAUCAAAGUCACGACCAAAUAAGAAAAGUUCAAAAUUCUUUUACGAUCGUUAUUACUCGUCGUCAAGUUUCUCCAGCAGUGAUGAGUCUCACGAGUCCGAAGAACCUUUGCAGUCUUUAUUGAAGAAAUCUGCUGCUGCAUCGUCAUCAAUUGUCGUGUCUCAAACAAACGGUUCAACAGAUGCGAUGAGUCUUAAUGGAUUGUUAGACAACGUCAGCAUAGGCAGCUUUUCGACUCAGCAUAGUCCGCAGUCACCAACGAGGAGUCACCGUUUUCAAGAUCCACAAUCGACAGAGGAUGCAGUUCGUCUUCCUUAUCAUGCUCCACUUUCUAGUUAUGAAUCGCUCGAUAAAUUUAAUUGCACAUCAGACACACUGAAGAUGACUGAAGACUAUCACCAACAGAAACAAAACCUCAUCAGUACAAUGACUAGGAUUUCGAGUUGUGAAAUCAUUAACGUGGAUUCUCUUAAACGUAAACCGUUGGUCAAUCAACUUGAGUUAAUUAACAAUAAUUACAAAGUAUUGAAUAAUUUAAUCGAUGACGAUUUCAAUAAAAACAAUUCAAUGAGUCGUCGAAGUAAUAAAAGUGACGAUUACGAAGCUGUUGUGAAUGCAGAUGAUAAUAAUGAACAAGCUGUAAACAAGCAGAAACAGCUUAGCGACUGGUAUUACAUUAAAACUAGUCCCAAGCCGAAACCUGCGAGUCCAUAUGAGAGACGAAAAGUGAAGAACUUUAAUCAACAAACUUCACCAACUUCAAAAGCAUUUCAUCCUUCCAUUGAUUCAUUCAACAGUCGAAAGUCAAGCGAUUUAAUUGGUUCAUGUAACGAGAACGACAAUCAAUUCAUUCCUAUCCAAAAAUAUCGUAGCAAUGACUACAUCGAGCAUCAUUCAAGUCAACAAAAUCAAUUCCACGAGGAAAAAUCCCCGCUUCAAACACACAAAUGCUUCAGCAUGAAGUACUCGAGAAACCCAUCGGGCAGAAGCAAUGAAACGAAAUUUGGUGAAAUGACUUCCAGCAGCUUCGAACACGUUAAUGUCAUGGGAAUGUAUGAAAAUCGUUUUUCUGACAAUGAUCUGAGAGUCAAUGAUGACGAUUAUGUUCAAAGUUUGCGUUUGGCAGCUGCAAGAAUGCGACCACUUCCGGCACCGCCAUCAAUAAAUAAUCAACAACUUCAG